ACUGCCCCCUAUACAGGGCUGUGGCACAAAUGCCCUGAUCUAACCAUAAAUUGUUCAGCCAUUCCCCUGCCCCACCCCUGAUCACCCUAAAAAAAAAAGUGGAAACCAGGGCGCAACCAGUAUUUAAAUCAAUUGACACACCAUUUUAAAACUAGUGUUGUUUUCUUUCAGGAAGGAAAAUAAGAACCAUUAUGCUUUACAGAGUGUUUUUCCCCUCAAAUAAAGUAGCUACUUUAUUAAGGGCAGCUUUUGUACAUGACUUGAAAACAACUACGGCUUCCAGAAAAAAAGAAAUGCUAGAAAUAAGUUUUAAAAAAAAGCAACAGCUAUGUUGAUGGCCAGAUGCCACUGCCAUCAGGUUAUUUUUAUAUAGUAAAUGUAGCCCAGAAUUACUCUCACACAUUGUUCUUUAGAAGUCUUCUAAUUAAGGAGUUUUCUUGAAGGUCACAAACAGUAAUCAGAUUGGCUGAUGAAUGCUAUUUGGCAUAAAAAAAGCCAGAUUACUGACAGCAAUCCUUACAGUAAAAAGAGAAAUACUGGUACAUUUAUGGCUUUAAUUUUAGCAAAGGUACGGGAAUGCCCUGUGAUUUUUUAUUUAUUUCUUGAACUACUUUUGAAUGUUAAUAUUCUCCUGAAGACAGUUUCAGACAGAUUGCUAGGCUGCUGCUCUACUCAGUGAAGCAGAAUCUACUGAAGAGUUGCUGAGGCAGAACUGAAAUCAUGGCUCGCCUCAAAGAAACGACAGUAUUGUCAGCUAAUUACUUCUAACACACAAACAGCAUUCUUGUAUAACAUUGUUUUUUAUGUAAAAGUCUAAGCCUUUUAAAGGCAGCUCUAGUGCUUUUAGGUGUUCAUCCCAUUUCUUUGCAGUCCCUACUACUUUGCACUUACAUUGCGAGCAAGGUAAAGAAGAAUGGAAACUAAAGAUACCUGUAACAGCUGCAGAAGGAAAUGGGUCGGGUUUUCUCUCUACUAGAUGAAGAUAACACAAGUACAUCUAAGUGACUUCUACCAUGGCCUCAGCAAAUUGAUGAUGAAAAUAAGGAAACUGUGGGAUUACUUCUUUCAGCUUCCCUGGACAAUGGAAGGAGAGCCAAUCACUUCUACUUUGUUGCCUCCUGGGAAUGUUCCACGAGACGCUAGCUUGACCCUGGAGCAGAAAACCACAUUUGUCUUUGUGAUCUUAUUAUUUAUUUUCUUAGGCAUUCUCAUUGUCCGAUGCUUCCGAAUUCUCUUAGACCCCUACAGGAGUAUGCCCACCUCCACCUGGGCUGACGGACUUGAUGGUCUAGAGAAAGGCCAAUUUGAUUAUGCCCUGGCUUAGACUGACGACUCAGAAAUAUUAUUUAGAGGAGUUUGUUUUUUUUAAAAAAACCUGGAAUGUAGAUUUAUUUUCCCCCAAUUUUCUCAGACAUUAUAAAAGCCUUGCAUGACUGCACAAAAUAUUAAUUUGUUUUUAAAUAAACAUCAAAGCGAGUUAAACAUUUGAAGGUAGACUGGUGAUUCUCCUAAUGGAGGGGGAAAAAUAAAGCUAUAACUGUGCUUCAAAACAUAUUGGAACAAUAUAUAACAUAGAUGGUAUCUUAUGACUCCGAAUAAGUUUGAUUUGUAGUUGCUGAAGAAAGCCUUAUUGUUUGAAAGUAGCUUUUUUACAAGCAUCAGUAGAUUUACAGGUUGGGUAGGAAUGUUUUUUUUAUGAGUUGUAUGUGGCAAUUAAAU